AUGGACAAACUGGAUAGAGGAAAUUGCAGUGGGUCAUUGUCCGACGACACCUCAAAAAAUCCCUUCGUCCACUCAAUUCACAUCACUCCGGCUCGUCGGGUUCAGUUGUGGAUUUUCGCCGUUUUCGUUUUUCCAUUUCGUCUCCUCUUCAUGCUAACCUUUCUCUUCCUUGCUCUCUUCUUUGGCGAACUGGCUACUCGACGAAUGGACUUCUCCAAACCAAUGACUGGUUUCAGGAAGCAUGUUCUUCUACCGGCCUUCAUAUUCUGCGGUCGCAUGCUUUUCACUAGCGGCGGUUUCAUAUGGGUAGGUCAUAAGGGCAAACGGGCUAGCUGUGAAGAGGCUCCGAUUCUCGUGCUGGCACCCCAUUCUUCCUUCUAUGACUCCCUUGUAUUUCUCUCUCUGGGAAUGCCUUCUGUUGUGGGCAAGACGGAAACGGCUCUCUCACCUAUCGGUUCAUUCAUAAAAAUGACACAGCCUAUCCUGGUCAAUCGAGAUGAUCCCUCGUCGCGGCAGAAUACGCUUGCUGAGAUCAGACGUCGAGCUCUCUCUAACGGCAAGUGGCCACAAGUUCUAAUCUUUCCCGAGGGCACUUGCACUAAUCGAUCGUGCUUGAUCAACUUCAAGCAAGGAGCCUUCACUGUCGGAUGUCCUGUGCAACCUGCACUUUUGCGAUGGGGUUAUGCAGUGGACAGCAUAACAUGGACAUGGGACGGUCCAGGGAUACUCGAGCUACUCUGGCUUACCGCUCUGCAACCUUACAUAACAUUGGAAAUUGAGUUUUUGCCGGUUUAUAUCCCCAAUGAAGCAGAGAAGGAAGAUCCUCAACUUUACGCUAAAAAUGUGCGCGCGGUAAUGGCUGAAGCUGCCAACCUUCCCACCACCGAACUCAGUUUUGAUGAUUGUCACCGCAUUCACAAGGCUAUUCAAUUUAAUCUCCCCAUGGCUUGUUAUAUCAAUGAAUAUGGCAAACUUACAAAGUAUCUUUUUCGUGAGUCUCGAUCCGAGGGCCACUUCUCGGCCAGUCGGGUACCCUACGUGACUGAACGUCUCCUCUCUAUGGCUACAGCUGUGCGCGAGUGGCACACAGCGAAUAUGACGGCAGGAGGCUCCAAGGCCUUGACGUCCUCUGAACUGGUCCAUAUCUUCCUACCCCCAGGUUCUGAGGCUGCAAAAGACGUGCUGCAAGACGAAAUCACCCUUCUUCGAAGGAUGGUGGCUGUGCUUCCCAAAACCCCUAAUGGUCGCCCAGAUAUCCGUGUCCUGGUCGUUCAUCUCUGCUUCCUAAUGUUCUCGUCUUCGCCCUCGAUUGCUAUGCAGCUAGCGUUUCAGGUAGGUUAUCUUAUUUACUAUACAGGCUUCUUUGUGUCACCUGGUGGCUGCCACGCUUUUGACUCCACAAACACCAAAUCUGAUUCCAGUACUUUGUCUGUUGACUAUGGUGACUGUGAAGACAUGGAUAAAUUUGCCUCACGAUCAAUUUCGCCGGAUGAUGCGGUUCGAAUUCUCACCGCCGCAUAUCAUCUUUCCAUCGAGGAGGCAACUGCAUUGCUACCUUCUGGUGACACACAGGGUAGCUCUUAUCAACGUGACCUCAUUACACCGGGUUAUCUGGCUCAAACGAUGAACACUCAUCAUCUCAAACUCGUUUCUAUUUAUGACGACUACAAGAACGAACUCAGUCGUCUUCGUGGUCAGCCGGAGCGGGCCAUAUCGGAGACCUCGUCCACUUCUAAUUCGAUCUGCAGUCUCUUGAGUCUAGGGAACGAAGAAGUUGUUUUCAAGCCAGGACAUCGCAGGGAAGCCUCUAACACUUCUGUCGCCUCCUCUACAGUUUCUCUCGAACAGGCAGUCGAGACCGAUCUUCGGAACCGAGUUGUUCCUCAACUCUCAAACUGA